AUGAGAAUGUUCAGAUUCUCUUUGCAAGCCGACACUUUUCGUUUAGUAAGUUCAUACACUACAACUAAAGAAAUAUGGGAUAGGUUGAAAGAAUUAUAUUCAACCGAUGAGGAUCUAGAGCACUCCAUCCAAACCCUAUUGCUCUCUGAUUUUGGUGCUUUCACACAAAAACCUGAAGAGAAACUCAUUCAAACAUUUGAUUGUUUCAACCAUCUACUUAGCAAGUUGAUGAGGUAUGGUAUUGAAAGGAACUUAAUAGAACAAAAGGUUACAUUCAUGAACGGAUUAAGACCCGAAUGGAUGGCAGUGGUCUCGUCUGUAAAGGCACACGAGCAAUUUAAGUCCUACUCGUUAGCGAAAUUGAUAGGUAUACUUAAAUCUCAUGAAAGUGUGGUGUCUAAGGAAGCGAAAGUAGUUUCGAGUGUGGGUUCUCUGGCCCUUGUUUCUAUAAGCAAGAGUGUGGUAGACGAAGAGGAAGAAUCUGAUAUGUCAGACUGCGAUCUGACUAAUGAAGAAUAUGCAAUGAUGGAACAUAUUAUUGAUGAUAAGUUUGGUGGAGUAGAAGUAUGGUCUACAGACUCUGAAGACGAAGAGGUAUGCAGACCCUCACAUGGAAGAGCUUAUGUGGCGAGAGAAGGAGUUACUGAGUCGGCUGGUAGAUGCUUAAUGGUGACAAUCGAAAGUAAGCAUGAGGAAGCGAAGCUUAAGGAAGACAAAUGUUUCGCUGCCAAGCCUGUGAGUGAAAGGAUCAGCGAUUGUGAUCAGUUGAUCAAAAAGAAGUUUGACUCAUCCAAUGCCAAAUUAAGUUCAGAGAAUAAAAUGAAUUUAGAAACCACUUCUAAAUUUGAUGAGGAAAGUGAAAUGAGUGAAAUUUUAGUAGAGGACGAGAUUGAUUGUUCAGAAUUUCUCAAGAGAAUAACUAAGAAACAAACGAGAAAGUUGACCUCCGUGGUUGAUAAAGAUAACACUGAAGGUUGUGACAACUACUUAUGGUCUGCUCCAAUAGACAAUGCAGACGAAACGGUUGGCAUGUCGGAGCGAACCUCAUGGAGAGUCAAGGGUAGAUACGUGGUUGAACCCAUCAACAAGCCCUCAAGCUUUGAUAAGCCCAGUUCAAAUGGUACAAAAGAAAUACCAAACGAACCACUAAAAGCUUCCAACGAAUCAUCAACAACAACCGAAGCUCAUACGAAGAAAAAUGAUCCUAAGGCCAACAUACACUUGAAUCAAGAACAACUUGCUGAGCAGAAACGCCAGAGGAACAAAAGAUACAUGACGAACCUCAAUGAGAGAAAACAAUUUUGGCAAUCCCAAAACCCCACUUAUGUUCGCUCUGAAAAAGCUUCUAAUCAGAAGAUAAAAAAGGGAGCACAAAUCAAUCACUGCCAGUCAUGCAGUCAGGAGAACCGAAGAAAUUGUUUCGGUACUAAUAAUAGUGAUCACAAGAACCAAAAGUCAAGUUUCGGUCCCAACUCUUACUAUGCCAAAAACCGAAAGUCCAGUUUCGGUCCCAACACAGGUGCUCAGAACCAAAAGACAAGUUUCGGUCCUAAAUCCGAUCCUCCUAACUCUCAACCAAACUCAAACCCCGUGAAGGAUAUCAAAGGAAAGGGAAGGAGGGAAGAGCUUAGGGAGUUUUGGUCCCUUAAGGAUGGUGGAUGUGUAAAAUAUGGAAACAACUCUUAUGGCACGAUCAAAGGAUAUGGGAUUAUUACAAAUGGCAAAUUUUCAAUUCGUAAAGUAGAUUAUGUGGAAGGAUUACAGCAUAAUCUAAUUAGUGUCUCUCAAUUAGUUGUGGGAACUGGAUUAAAGGUUUCAUUCGAUGACGAGGGUUCAGAGAUCGUCGAAAAGAAAUCUAAGAAAGUCUUGUUGAAAACCAUGCGCAAAGGCGAGAUGUAUCCACUGAAUAUCAAUCCAAUCAGAGGAAAGCCAGCUGUAUGCCUUCUGACAAAGGUGAACUUAGACGAAAGUUGGUUGUGGCACCUGUAA